UUCCCCCGACGGUACGUGGACGCAACAAAAGUUCGAACAGUAUGGCGGCGGUGUGUUUGACAACAUUAACAGAGCAAUGGAUACGAGACAGACUUCAGUUAAAACAUCCUGUUCUUGGUGAUGUUCGGACACUGAGUCUCCCAGGGACACAUGAGGAGAAAAUCGGGCAUCUUGGAAAGGCUCUGAAAAAUUUUUCCCGACUAAAAUCUCUGGAUUUGUCUUACAAUGCCAUCGUUUCGUUGGAGGGGGUGAAGCACUUGAAGAAGCUGGAGAGGCUGAUUCUGUACUAUAACUGCAUACCAUCCCUAGAAGAAGUGCAAGUGCUGUACGAACUUCCAGUUUUAAGGGAACUGGACCUCAGGCUAAACCCUUUGACUAAAAAUUGCCCGGGCUAUCGACCGCAUCUGGUGCACGCCAUGCCCAGCCUGCGAAAACUUGAUAAUUGUCCAGUCACAGACGCGGAGCGCAAAGCUGCAGUACUCGAGUUCUCCACUCAACAUCCCUCUCUGCGGCACAGCAGCUUGUUCCUGGAUGGACAUCAGGGCCUAGGCAACAAUAUUGUGUUGAAUUUUGUUGAAGCAGCUACCAGAGGUCAAGGGGAAGGUGACUCUCUUUACAAGGAAGUGGAGGAGCCUGAAAUAGAGGAGCCAGAUGACUUUGUGGUACAGAGGAGUUCAACUCCAAAGAAGGAAUUGGCCAAGUCCAUCCUUCGGUAUUCUUCCACUAAAAACUCUCUUGCCGAGUCCAAAGACUCACAGAUGAACACACUACCUCAUAAUGUAAGCACAACAUCACCGAAAGGAGCCGAAAGACCAAAAGUGUCGUUUGGUCCUGUUUUUGAGAAACACAAAACUGUCCCUGGAAAACAAAAACGAAAUGACUCGUCCAGCCUAACCAGGCACAAGGCCAGGGGUCAUUUUACCGCAAAUCCUGCUCAAAGUGACCAUCGUGCCUCUCCGUUUGGUGACAUUUGCCCUCCUAGUCCGCUGCGUUCUGGUUUAAGCCUCGCAGACCACUCGAACCCCGUCCUGUAUCCGGCCAGGCUGACCUACUCAAGCUCUAAUAAGACGGAAGGGAGAUCCGACCCACAGCCGCAAGCUGAAAAGAAAAAAAAGGGUGGUUACCGGAAACCCCUGGAGAUGCUCCUCAAUUUGGUGGACAAACACUGGCGGGGGGAGAGAUCGCUGCAUCACAACAACAGCUUCCUGUCUCAGGCGGUGCAGAUCCUCUCCAUGAUGGAGAGCAAUAUUUCCAGUCGGGAGGCUGAGGUCAGGACCUUAAGACAGGAUGUGAACGCGCUUCGGUUUCAAGGGCUCUCACGAGAGAACGAACACAGAACAGAAGUGUGUGACCUCUCCGCCCAGCUGGAGGAAUCUCGUAGAGAGGCGGGGAAACUGAACGAGCAGCUCAGGAUUGUGUUGGAGGAAAAUGUCGCCCUGCAAAAACAACUCAUCAAGUUAGAGCGGCAGUAUCUGAAGUCGAUGAUGAAAAGUUCACCGGUUACUCAGAUCCGAGAGGCUCAGACAGAAGUGGAGGAGCUGAGGAAAGAGAUCGAGGGCCUGAGGAUAAAAGUGCAGGAGGCCGAGAAACUCCAAGAACUGUCAAACAUGCUUCAGGAAAGCCACAGGUCCCUGGUGGCUACCAAUGAAUGUUUGCUUGCUGAGCUUCGGGCAACCGCCGAACAUUAAAGCCAUAAUGAGACACGAGGAUUGUGUAUCAAAGCAGAAUUAUGCCAAGCUUCACAUAAGCAAUAGGUCAGCCGUGUAUCCAUCUGCUUUCUACGCUGCCGUGGAUUGAAUGCAUCAGGACUGCAGCUGCACUGUGACUUUAUUUAUACGUCUGCCUCGGGCCCGGAGAGCCGCUCACACACGCACACACACACUUUCCUCCUGCAGACCUUCAUACGAGUCUUGGCUGAGCGCCUUAGAAGCGAGCUGAAUGUAGCCGCUGCUUUUAACUGGAUUUCCCAGGUCACUGAGCGGAUGGUGCGACCUCUGCAGAAGCACCCCUGAAAAGGCCAUAAAACGGAUAUAUUGUUUCUGCUUAUUUAUUUUCAGUAAUGCAAUAUAAAUCGAGAACACACUUUUAGAGGCAUUAAGAACAAGAAAAGUAGUACACUGCAUGCACUGGGGCACAAAAGUACUUGAAAAGUUUUUUUUGGUUUUUUUUUUUUGGCUUUUUUUUUUUUUUUUUUAGAAAAAACAAAUAUUUCCUCCACAUUAAAGGUGCACAAUAUUUGGCAUUAAAAACACAAAGAUACUCAAGCUAACACCAAAAAGCUGCUAGUUUUGCACUCGAUGCACGAUUCUUCAUCAGCUGAGGCUACAGGUAGUGUGUUGCACACAAUGCUGUUAUGUUGGAAAAAUAUUUUACACAAAAAUUGUUGUAUGCAGUUUUCCCUUGUAUCUGGUAGAGCAUGUUAGUAAACAUUAAACCCCUGCUUU